AUGACGAAAAAACCCGACGACGUCGACUACGAGUUCUCGAAGUACAUAAGCAUCAUGCUAUCCAAUCGAGUUGGUUCAGUCCGGAGGUCGAGACGUCCCGGUGAUAGUCUUUCCGUUAUCCUCCAAACCUACAUAUCCGGCUACCCAUACAAAAACCAUUUGCAGAGACCAGUUCAUGAGAGCGAAGAUAGCGAAAAUGAAGGCAGCAUGGGCAACGUGACCAGGGUCGUUAUGCGCCCCCCAGGCCACUCAGGAAAAGCGAAAAAAGGACAUCUGUGCUUCGACGCAUCAUUCGAAACUGGGAAUCUCGGCUUUGUGGAUUUAAUCUCACAGUAUGAAUACGACCUCUUCAUACGUCCGGACACUUGCAACCCUCGAGUAAGGCUGUGGUUCAAUUUCACCGUCGACAACACCAAAGCUGACCAAAGGGUGAUUCUUAACAUAAUUAAUUUCGGGAAAAGGAGAAAUUCAUUCUUGUACGGGAUGACCCCGAUUGUUAAGUCAACAAGUAGGCCGACUUGGCAGAGGAUGCCGAACGACAACGUCUUUUACCACAGUUCGCCUUAUCACAACAAUAACUACAUCCUCAGCCUUGCGUUUAAUUUUGAUAAAGAGGAAGACGUCUACCAGUUCGCGUUUUGUUAUCCGUAUUCCUACACAAAACACCAGGCUCACAUGGACCUAUUGGAAAAGAGGAAUUAUCCGUUUUUCAAAAGAGAACUACUCGGUCAAUCCAUUCAAAAGAGACGCGUAGAAUUGGUAACGAUCACGCAUCCCAAGAACAUGUCUCCGAACGGAAAAGUUCACGUUGUUGUCAUCCUGUCGAGAGUUCAUCCAGGAGAAUCGCCCGCUUCUUAUGUAUGCCAAGGGAUUAUCGACUUUCUAAUAAGCAAUCACAACACGGCAGUUAGCCUGAGGGAAAAGGUCGUUUUCAAAAUUAUUCCCAUGUUAAACCCCGAUGGGGUUUUUUUAGGAAACCACAGGUGCUCCGAGGUGGGGAUAGAUUUGAACCGAUCCUGGUCAAAAAUAUCCAAAUGGCUUCAUCCUACGCUGGACGUUGUUUAUUCGUAUAUCACAUCGUUGGAUCAGGACAAAAACAUCGAUUUAGACGUUGUUUUGGACAUUCAUGCUCAUUCUAAUCUUAGAGGUGCAUUCGUUUGUGGAAAUAGCUACAAUGAUGUUUAUAGGUACGAACGACAUAUUGUCUUUCCGAAACUUCUAUCUCAAAAGGUUCUUGGGUACGAAAACAACCAUACGGUUUUUAACAGGGAUUCAAACAAAGCAGGUUCCGCAAGAAGGGUCCUGUGCGAUGCGUUGAAAGACAGCGUGAACUGCUACUCCUUGAACGUAUCUUUUUAUGGUUAUUAUCACUCGAAAAACUACCCUUUUAAAUUCAAGUACUACACAGAGGAGAAAUGUAUCCUUUUAAAAUUCUGCAAGAUGUAA